CCAAUUUCCACUUUUUUCCCAACUACCACCUCUCUUCAUACAAGCUUAGUCCAGUGUCUAGUACCUCAAGUAGUAUGGCCAAGUUUCUUUCCCGCACCAGCGCGGCGCUUCUGCUAGCCAUCGCGCUGCUCUCUCAGCUGCCCACGUCGACCAGCGCGAUUCAAGUGUUCGAAUUGGUGGCCGCGCUGGCGCCAAAGGACGUCCAAGAAAGCCUCGUGGCCCGUCUCUUUGCGCUGGACGGCACCAAGGACAUCUCCGGCGUGACCAUUCUCAUCCCGCGGUCAGAUCCCCUCAGCACAGCGCCCUAUGGCUACGCGUCACUGGACAACUCCACGCGCAAGUACAACCAGGCGCUGUACGACGCGCUCAAGCUCAUGUACAGGGCGGGAAGCUCAAGCGAGGGCGAGUGGUCGACGGCCCUUCUGAACGUCUCUGCUAUCGUCGCCGGCACGCUGUCGGACAUCUGGAAGUUCCAGAUCGUCAAGCAGUACAUCCCUUUCGGCGUCGCCACGCAAAAGUAUUCUAACGGCGGCCCGUGGGAGCUCCCCGCCCUGGAGGGGCAGCCGCUCUGGCUGUCGUACGGUCCACAAUAUGGCGGGACGUGGAACGUGACGGGCAUAUCGCCCCAGCAACAGGCCAGCACGCUGCAGCCCAAGUCCAGCAGCGGCUAUCCGAUAUUCCAGGGCACUCCCUUCGCAUAUUCUUCUCUUGACGCCGGAGACCUCGUGCUUGAUAUUCCGAGCGGCGAGGUGGCGGUGUAUAAGAGCGAUGCGGUGCUUCUGCCUUACAACAUGGAUGCUCUUGCCGCGUAUGCGGGAGCCACCACUUCCAUCUUCAAACUGCUUGCCUUGGUUGGCCUAGCCCUCUGUGCACUUCUCCUGGUGUAACCACUAUAUGUUACGGCUCAUUUAGGUAGUGGUAGCUGCUUUGUAUCCUGGUCGUUGAGCUUGUGAAUGCAAUUCCUAGCUGAAUUGAUGUGCAGUUGUGCUGCUGUAGCUGGAAUACUGGAAGCUGAACAGGAGGCCUUUUCCAGGUAGCUGAUACAGCAGUGCUAACAGUGUUUCUUGCUCUGCUGCCUGUGCCCUAGUGCGAGCCAGCUUAUCUGACAUUUAGACCAUCUAUCUUAUU